AUGCUCGUUGCCGGAGUGCUUCUCUUCGGGGCGGUCGGUAGUUUCGCGCAGGGUUACGGCGCGUGGUUGGACGGGGAGGUGACGCUCGGCACGAUGUCCCCGGAAGGCAGGGCUGCUCUCGAAGCGUCUGGUGCCGCUAUGCAGGCGAUAUUGCCUCACCUAGGCUGCAUGCACAUGGUCGCGGCUUCCAUACAGGCUCUGGCUGCACUUGCAUUCGGUGCAAGGGAGAGAUUCCUGGUUCUCCUUGUCAUGAGCAUCUACACAGCCAGCGGCAUCUACCACCACUACUACAUGGUAGAGCAGGCAGGGGGAAAAGUGCCGGGCUGGUCCAAGGACGAGGAGACUUUCUGGAUGCCUACGAAGAUCAUGGCAGGCAGCACUGUCAUCAACGCCUUUGGUCUGCUAGGCGCCUUACACGAUUGUAUUGUUCCGCAGAAUCAGAUUUUCAAGGCGGAUUGA